ACGUAUAAACGCACUUCCGGGUGAGUUCGCAAGUGCUUGUGGGCAGUGAGAUUUUUGAAUAGGGAAGAUGGCAGCCGCGGCAGUGGUGGAGUUUCAGAGAGCUCAGUCUCUCAUCAGCACAGACAGAAACGCAUCUAUUGACAUUUUACAUUCAAUAGUGAGACGGGAUGUCCAAGAGGAUGAUGAAGAGGCAGUUCGUGUCAAGGAGCAAAGUAUCCUGGAGCUGGGCACUCUUCUGGCCAAGACGGGACAAGCUGCAGAGCUUGGAGGCCUGCUGAAGUUUGUGAGGCCUUUCUUGAUCUCCAUAAGCAAGGCAAAGGCAGCACGGUUGGUGCGCUCGCUCCUGGAUCUAUUUCUGGACAUGGAGGCAGCCACGGGCCAGGAGGUUGAGCUGUGUCUGGAAUGCAUUGAAUGGGCUAAAGCUGAGAAGAGAACCUUCCUCAGACAGGCCCUAGAGGCUCGACUCAUUUCACUCUACUUUGACACCAAGAGAUACCAGGAAGCACUUCACCUAGAGUCCCAGUUGCUGCAGGAACUGAAGAAGAUGGAUGAUAAAGCUCUGCUCGUCGAGGUCCAGCUGCUAGAGAGUAAAACCUACCAUGCUCUCAGCAACCUUCCCAAAGCCAGGGCUGCCCUCACCUCAGCCAGGACCACCGCCAAUGCCAUUUACUGUCCCCCAAAGCUCCAGGCAGCUCUUGAUAUGCAGUCAGGUAUCAUCCAUGCAGCUGAGGAAAAAGAUUGGAAAACUGCCUAUUCUUACUUCUUUGAGGCUUUUGAGGGCUACGAUUCCAUUGACAGCCCCAGGGCAGUCACUGCACUGAAAUACAUGCUCCUCUGCAAGAUCAUGCUCAGCUUGCCAGAGGAGGUACAGACCUUGAUCAGUGGCAAACUGGCUCUGCGAUAUGCAGGGCGACAGACCGAUGCACUGAGAUGUAUAGCACAAGCCAGCAAGAACAGAUCAUUAGCAGAUUUUGAAAAGGCCCUGACAGAGUACAGUAAAGAGCUGAGGGACGACCCAAUCAUCAGCACACAUUUGGCCAAGCUUUAUGAUAAUUUGCUGGAACAGAACCUCAUUCGGGUCAUUGAGCCUUUUUCCAGAGUACAGAUUACACAUAUAGCAGGUCUCAUCAAACUCUCAAAGGAUGAUGUUGAGAGAAAACUGUCACAAAUGAUCCUGGACAAAAAGUUUCAUGGCAUCCUUGACCAAGGUGAAGGAGUGCUCAUCAUAUUUGAAGAGCCGCCUGUGGACAAGACUUACGAGGCAGCUCUAGAAACCAUUCAGAACAUGAGCAAAGUCGUGGAUUCACUGUACAACAAGGCUAAGAAGUUAACAUAGAAUAAACGACAGAAGCUGCUGCUGCGUGAAAUGGUUGUAUGCGUGUGAGUUUGCCCGUGUGUAUGUGUGUAUGGCCAACAUGUGGAACUUUUUUUUCACAGCAAAAAGGGACAACAUUGAGCAAGAUCUACUUGUUCCCCAGUUGAGAGUUUUUAAUGUUUCUUUUCUUUCAAACGGACAAUUUCAUCUUUCUGAUCUUCGGAUUUUUUUUUUUUUUUUUUUUGUGUUCUCUGUAUCUCUCAACGGCCAACACAGGCCUUCAGGGAAUGUUGUACAACUACAAUAAAAUCCUAAAAUGUCAUAUAGAAAUGUAUAGCUCUUCUACAUUUAAAGUUUUUUAAUUACAGCAACUUUGUGAUACAGACUCCUGGUUUCGGUUAUCAGAGGUUCAUUGGUUGUUUGCAGUAGUGCAUAUCUUUUUUCUCAAUUUAUGGAUGCACAUUUUAUCUGAUUGUUGUAAGUGAGAGAUUCAAAGGAACUUGGCUGUAAUCAAGAGGCUCUGUAAUAAGCACAGUUGCCAAUCAUAUUACCACACACACUAUAAAAUUAUUUAGUAUGAUCAAGGGUAUUGUUUGCUGUUUACUUUUGCAGUAUACCGUCUUUACGGUUUUGUAUUUACAGUGUACUGUUUGCCAAGUUAGGGUGGUUAUAUUAAAUGGCCCAGUCCUAUAAAGGUUUUAGUCCUCUUUGAUUAAAAGAUCCUUUUCCCACUGCACUGAAGUUUAUUCUUUUAUUGUUCAUGCAUUUUUUUUUUCCACGAUCAGUAGCCCAAUGCAAACUUCAUUUCUAGUUUGCCAGCAAUAGACCAUAAUAUAAGUUAUAUACCCACAAUAUUGUUGUUAUUUUACAUUUCAUUGUUUUGUAAAUUUUAUCGAUUUUCUUGUACAUGUAUACUUUCACACAUCCUUUGCAAAAAUAUAAUUUAUGUUCUCAUUUAUUCUGUUUAGUGUGCAAUUAUAAAAAUUCUUGUGGGAGAAUGGUGUUUUUAAAUGACUUUUUAAAGUCCAGUGUUAAUUUGAGAGCUUCCUGCAUGUGAUUGUGAUUGAUUUGUAGUGGCGAUCUAGCAUUGAUCAUUCGAAAAUUUAGUGAGACACUAAACACUUUGGAAAGUAAUGUUUUUUUUUUUUUUUUUUUUUGGGUCCACAAAUGUCCGCUGUCCAAAGCUCAAAAAUUCAAGCAUUGAAAUCUUGGUAUAGGCAGAUUACAGUUUGAGGAAAGUGACUUUGUUUUAUUUUUGUAUGAGUUGGCCUGUUCACUAAUUAAAGUGUUUUGAUUACA